CAGAUUAUGUUUGAGGCUGACAAUGAAACAUUGGAGGACGUGCUCAUCCUCAAAGGAUCACAUCAGACCAUCUUCUUCACCGGGAACCUUCUCCUAACCCUCACCUCUCUCCUCUUCAACUCUGUCGUUCUGUACGGAGCUGUAAACAGACAAGCUCUAAAGUCUGACCAUACAACAGUUCUCCUCCUAGAGUUUCUCACUGUUUUGGAUCUGCUGAUCACAGUGUUCAGCGUGGUGCCCCUUACCAUUGUAUCUUACUCAGGAAGGUGGAUUCUGGGGGCGAGUUUGUGUGUAGCUAAUGCUGCAGCGAGGAGGUACCUUUAUCUAACUGAGCUCAUGGUCAUCUCUUACAUUUCCCUUUACAGACUUAGUUUGGUGAUGGUGAGAAAGAGCAGACCGGUUAAACGGGGUCCUCGACGGAAAAGAAACAGACUUAUUUUUAUACGACUAAUUCUAAUCGUGAUGGUCAUGCUGACUCUACCUUUGUUCCCACUUCUAACAACAUUUUUGGGGGACUCUAAAGUUAGAUUUGAGCCGGGAUAUAUGUCAUGCACUGUCCCUGAGACAGCAAUUGUUUGGGGUUACGUUUCACUGGCCUUCUUGGUUGUGCCCAGUGGGAUAGUGAUCUUCUCGAAUCUAGUCAUCCUCUACAAAGUGAUCAGAAUCAAAAUGCGACCCACCAUAGGAUUAUUCUCGGGUCUCAAGAAUGCCAUAAAUCCAGGAACGAUGAGGAAAUCUGUCAGCUCUCGUGUAAGAAAAAUCAACCCAUCAACUUACAUCACAAUUUGCUUCAUUUGCAUUUUCUUUGUCAUAUCAUACUCGCCGGUAUUUGUUAUCAUAGCUCAAGGAGGAACACAGAUUAUAGAAUCGUCUGAGCCGCACUGGUUGAGAUUCCUCACCAUAGAACUAUUAUCUCUAAAUGUACUCUCUAAUCCGAUAGUCUAUACUUUAUCAAACAUGAGAUUUAGACGUUAUGUGAUGAGCCUGCUGAAGUGUAAAAGUAUGAACAGUCAUGCUGGGGCCACCAAACGACAAAGCCCAGAAUCUUCAGCAGAAAAUGUUUUCAAUGAGACCAUCAGCAAAUUUUUUUCGACGGCUACAAGAAAAAAUUCGGCGUUUAAUCCUUCGGUAAGUAAUCGUAGUUCACGACAAAACUCUAUUUCUCGUGCAUCUCUCGCCGUUUCUAAGACGAAGACACAAAGACGGCGUUCAGAAUACGACCAGCCCAUGGCACCUUCAGGAAAAUGGUGCAGUCCAGGUCUUGGGAUUGCAGACAGACGGGCUCGAAAGAUAAGUUCCACUUGCAGUAUCAUGCCAAAUCUUGAAGAGGAUGAAACCAUGUCAUUUUUCAAUCACCAAGACACAUCCCAACUAAGAUUACAGUAG